CGAAUUCCUUUCUCAUCUGUGGAUUAAUUGUCGGAGUAGAGGACCUUGCACAUUUAAUGUGAAAUAACAACCCAAUGGUUAUAAUCACAGGACAAAUUAGCUAGCAACAGCAAGCUAGCUAGCUAAAAUGCCAUAAAUGUUUAAUGCUUUUUCACCUGACCCCAAAUUAAUAUAAUUGGUUCAGUUUGUUUUGAUAUUUCAACCUGCAUGUCCUAAUCGCUUCUGGUGUGAGUGAACAAAAUCAAUUUGCGGGCGAUGGUUAACAAAAUAUGCAUUAAUACAUUUUGAUUGUAACGUGUGGAUUGUUACAAAAUGGGAUGAUAUACUUUGUUGCGCAUCAAAUAGUGUUAUUUGACGUGUAUCUUUUUUGACACGCAAAGACCCAAACGGCGUAUCGUAUUCCAUACACUUGUUUCCAAAAUGCAUUGGAGUGAAAUAUUUUUCUUCGACGUCAUCAUCACUUUUCCUUUUUCGGUCCAACUAUAAUCUGCAAAGGUGCUGGGCGAAGUACACUCGUGUUGUAAAGCUCUUGCUUAGUUGCCUAAACAUAAUAAGCCUGUUUUGACCGACGCAACAACGGUUGAAAGAUGAGACUCGCACUUUUGUUGUGUUUCUUCAGUUUUAUUUGGUUGGCUGACUGUGUACCACCGACAUGCUAUUCCCGAGUGCUCGGCUUGAGCAAGGAAAUAAUAGACCUUUUGGAAAAACUAAACAAUUAUCAUCGCACGAAAACAUGCGUUGAGAUUCUGCCCAAGAUGUUUCUGGAUGUGCAAAAUUCGUGCAUCAAUACCAAGCUCCGUGACUUCCUCUAUGUCAUGGAGAACCUUCCUACGCAGUACUGCAGAGAGCGACCCAGGAUCGUGUUGUUGAAGCAGAAAGUCACCAACCUGUACAGAAUCAUCAACAGAAUCUGUUAUCGGGACCUAGUGUAUUUUACAGAUGACUGUGAGGCCAUUGAGACUGGCCAGAGUACCCCUCACUACAGAGAGGACAGGCUCCAGCUGCUGGUGGAAGAGAAGAGAUGAGCCCAUCCAGAGACAAACACACAUACACCACACACACAUACACCACACACACAUACACCACACACACAUACACCACACACACAUACACCACACACACAUACACCACACACACACACACCACACACACACACACACACACAGGAAUAUAAUUGUGAGGGCAUGUAAACUCUGUUUCACUCACACACACACAUACAUAGCAUCACACACAACUGUAGCUAAAAAACAUGCCAACAUAGUUUCAUUUCUAACCUGUAAGCCUAAAGAUUUGAGUUUUUUGUCCAAGUGAGGUCUCAUGUUAGAUGGCAUGUGUUACAUUUCAAAUGGAGAACUUUCCACAGGAAAUUAGCUGAAUACCAGCUAUUCUGAUGAAAACCUUUUACCAGAAUAAACCAAAAUGUUUGUGUGCCUCACUUACUGCUGCUUACCUACCACACCGUUCGAAAGGCAUGCCUUAUUUAUCCAAAUAUCUUGUAUGUUUCCAUAACUCUUCAUACAUACCGAGGUCCCAGCUCGUACAUCCCCGAGAAAAGAUUGAUUACCUCAUGCUGAUUGUAUGACUAGGCCUAGUCUUUAACCUAAACUCUAGUAAUGUAUCUUGUUCAGAUGUAGGCUAUACUUAAUCAUGAUUGCAUUUUCUUGUAAUUGGUGCAGUAGGCUUAUACAUAUGUGUAUUAGUUAUAUGUAUGUAAUAAAACAACUUUUUUUAAUGCU